AUGGAGAACGAGAAAGGUAACGGGGUAUAUAAAGUGCCGUCAUGGGCAGGAAGACCCCCUCCAGGCUCCCAUCUGGAUGUUAAAAAGGACGAACGUGUAAUUCAGGUAGGUAACGAAUGUCUAUGAGAUUUUAAUCUCUUUAUUAUGGUUGUAGAAGUUACUGAUCGACGAAAAAGGGUACUAUUAUUUCGGAAGGAAUCCAAAUCAAUGUGAUUUUACUAUAGAACACGCUUCUGCUUCAAGAGUUCAUGCAGUUUUGUUGUAUCAUAAGGCUUUGAAGAAGUUUGCUGUGGUAGACCUCGGAAGUAGUAAGUUUUUUCGGUAAUAAAUUGUAAAUAACUUUAAUUUAAUAUGAAUAAGAUAUAAAUUUUUGACAAUUUUAGGUCAUGGAACUUUUGUGAAAGGUGUGAAGGUGAGCAGUUCUCAGCCAGUCUUCCUUGAAUAUAAUGAUGGAUUUCGCUUUGGAGCUUCAAGUCGAUCGUAUAUAAUUAGAGAGAAAGUGGCCCAGUUAACACAUUCAGAUCAAGCUGAUGUUCCUUUGCCCGAAACAGAGACGGAAGUUGAUGUAAGUCCGCUUUUUUUGUUAAUUUGGUCUUUAGAAUCUGACAAACUACAACACGAUGCAAAACAAACGACUGCCACAAAUUCCUUGCACGGUAGAAGAGUGUAGGAAGAAGAAACGACCGCGAAACAAAGUGGUAUUUCUGCAGGAAGAAGAAGUCAUCAAUCCAGAAGAUGUUGAUCCUACGGUCGGUCGAUUCAGGAAUCUGAUUCAGACGGCUGUCAUUAACAAUAAGGGUACGAAACGGACAGCCACGAGUAAUAUCAGUCCAACCAAGAAGAAGAUAAUAAAACCAGCCAGGGAUGGAGAUGAUGGCAAUCUCUACAGCUCGGUCUUGGGAGACUUCAGUAUCAGCUCAGCACCGUCACUAGAUAUGUACUCUAUGAAGCCGGCUUCUGUAGCAUUAAAUGCAGCGUCAGACUCUUCUAAAAAGAAAUACGCGAAAGAGGCUUGGCCUGGCAAACAUAAUUAA